UCAAGCGCUGCACUCAGCCGUCCGGCAGUGUUCUUGAAGAGUGCCCACGGAAAUCUCAUUUAUUCAUCUCGCGAGUCAACUGUGCGUCUAAAAUCGCGACCAGAAACACAUCUCACCAACGAUCGAGUGAGUCAUAAUCAUAACCAACAAAAUGCAAAUCUCCGAGUUGGUGCGCGAGUGAGUGUGGCUUGUGCGUGUGCUGCAAUCCGCCCGCGUUUCGCGUCCCACAAUCCAAACGGAUAUCCAACCACCACCGAACGCCUGAAUAUAACCGAUGUGGAGUAUGCGCUCGGGCCGCGAUAACAAAUUGAUGAUCUGAUGCAUUGAGCCCGCCACACGUCGCUCGAAGAAGAUCGAAUGAAAAUGCAGCAGCCGCAUCAGCAGCACGACGACCGGAAGAAGUUCUACUGUCGCGAGUGGGCCUUCCAGAAGCUGCUGCACUGCCUGGAUCAACGUCCCGUGUCAAAGACAUGUGGGGCAUUAUUAUUAGGUGGGCCUGGUUGUGGUAAAACCACAUUCUGCUCGGAGCUAUGCUGGCCCUCCCAGGGUCCUUCAGGACGCCAACAACGCGCAUUAAACCGAAGACUACUCGCACAUCACUUCCUCCAGGGCCACAACGAGAAAUCCCUCUCUCUGAGCGAAUUCGUCCGCUCUCUAGUAACACAAAUCCUCAACCACUCAACAGAGAGUCACAAAGAGCGCUCCAUACGACGCAAACUACAAAGCGGCAUCACCUCCGAAUCAGAACCAACAACAACAAACACAUACGAUUCCUGCGAUGAAAAUGGCAGUUUACAACGCAAAACACCUUCUACAUCUGCAUCUGCAACAGUUGACACACCACCAAUACCCAAUCUACCUGUAAAUCCACGCACACUCAUCGCCGACGCAUAUUUAGAGAAGUUAAAGUCAGAUACAGAGAUACAAAUCGCUCUGCGUGCGAAAAACAUUGAAAGCAACCCGGACGACUGCCUCAAACGAGCACUACUCUUCCCUCUGCUUGAAAUCGACCCGCCAAAGACAAGUUUAUUCAUUUUAAUCGAUUCCAUCGAUGAACAUUCAUUCAUUUAUUUAAAUUCAACACUUACAAGGUCAAAACCACGCGAUAGAUCAUCACAAAGCAAAACAAUUGCUGAAUUAUUAGCGAAUCAUCAUCACUUAUUCCCCCAGUGGUUGUUAUUGGUAUGCACAGCAAGGAAACAAUCGAAAAGCAUCGCGAAAAUGUUCACAGGAUUCAGAAAACUAUCAUUAGACGACCUGAGAAAAUCACAAGUCGUCAGAGAUGUCCAACAGUAUAUCCUAGCUAGGUUAGAUCAGGAAAACAGUCUGCGACAACACAUAAGUAGAGAUACAGCUGAAAUGCUGAAUCAACUACAUAUUAAAUCGAAUGGAUGUUUUUUGUAUCUAGAAAAAGUCUUAGAUGGUGUCUCGGAUAAUUUUAUUGUCCUCAGAGAAGUCCGGGAGAUACCAGGAACACUGAAUGGUUUAUAUCUUUGGUUAUGUCAAAGAUUAUUCAAUCGAAGACAAUUUGCAAAGGUACAACCACUAUUAAACAUCAUUCUAGCAGCUAAAUGUUCAUUAAAUGAACAAUUAUUAUUUGAUAUAUUGCGUAUUAAUAAUGUGACAAGUGAAGAUUUCAAAAAACGUUUUCAGUUGUUAAAGAGAGUUAUUGUCGUGUCAAGGUCAGGUAAUAUUAGGUUAUUUCAUCAUUCAUUCGCUGAGUGGUUGCUGGAUAUAAAACACUGCACACAGAAGUAUUUAUGUAAUAUCUACGAAGGGCAUAUUGUCCUGGCUAUGUAUUACACUCUGCAUGCGAAGUAUUUGAGUAAUCAAGAGAUAUAUGAUUAUGCUUUUCAUUUGACUCGCAUGGAGCAGUACAUGAGUGAAAAAGAGCAGAAGGGUAAGCAUUCGAAGAAGAACAACUGCUUGAAUACCAGUUUAAAUACAAGCGUACAGCUUGAUAAUACACUGGAGAAGUCAUCGACAGAGAUUUAUUGUGAUCUCAAAGCUUUGGAAGAGGUUAAAAAGUUAGAUGAUGUCGAAGUUAAUAACUUCGAUGAAGUAGAUGUGCAGCAAAAGGAUGAUUUUCCUAUUUAUGCACAGGUUAUCAAAAAAGACAAGAUGGCUGAUGUUGUUGAAGACAAACAAGAAAAAACCCUGGAUGUGCAUACUUUAACUGUCUUAUGGUUGAUUCUAAGCGGAUGUAAUGUUGAAGAUUGUUUAUUGGAAGGUAAUGAAAUCACGGGAGUGAAUUUCGGUGCGUUACCAACAGAUCCAAAAGUAUUGAAAUUAUUGUUAGAAGCAGGCGCUGUUGAGCAGAAUGAUAUCGAUGCGGAUGGUGAAUAUGAAUCGCAAGCAUCCAUAGCUUCCAUUGUCUCAACAUCAUCAGAACAAAGCCCUGAACCUUUGUUUGAUGUACAAGAUGUGCAUGGUUUGCAUGUAGCAGCGAGAUUAGGACAAGCGCAAGUUGUAAGAGUGUUAUUGGAAGCUGGCGCGAGUCCUGAUCAAGUUGACAUGGAUGGUUGGACACCCCUGAAGGCGGCCGCAUGGGGUGGUUAUACAGAAGUAGUGGAAUUACUAGUAAAACGUGGUUGUAACUUGGAUGUAAUGGAUGGUGAGCAUAGAACAGCGCUGAGAGCAGCCGCAUGGUCAGGACAUGAAGAAAUAGUUAAGAUUUUGAUCACGCAUGGCGCUGAUGUCAAUCUGAGCGAUCAUGAAGGCCGAACAGCGUUGAUUGCGGCUGCGUACAUGGGCCACGCUGAGAUUGUGGAUCAUUUAUUGGAACAUGGCGCGAAUAUUGAUCAUGCUGACGCUGAUGGACGUACAGCGUUAUCUGUAGCUGCAUUGUGUGCACCACGGACUCCAGGGGUGGGUGUAGUGCAGACUUUACUCGAGCGCGGCGCUACUGUUGAUCAUAAGGAUAAGGAAGGUAUGACGCCAUUGUUGGUAGCGUCAUUUGAAGGUCACAAAGACGUGUGUGAACUGUUGCUUGAGAAUGAAUCCGAUGUGGAUCAUUGUGACAAUAGUGGUCGGAGUCCACUCUGGGCGGCUGCUAGUAUGGGUCAUGCGCCUGUAGUUGCUUUACUUCUAUUCUGGGGUUGUUGUAUUGAUUCGAUGGAUUCGGAAGGUCGGACUGUGUUGUCAGUAGCCGCGGCACAAGGUUGUGUUGAUGUAGUUCGACAGUUACUCGACAGGGGGCUGGAUGAGCAACAUCGUGAUAAUUCCGGAUGGACGCCAUUGCAUUACGCCGCGUUUGAGGGACAUCAAGAUGUUUGUGAAGCAUUAUUAGACGCUGGAGCAAGAGUAGAUGAAACUGAUAACGAAGGUAAAGCACCAUUGGCUCUAGCGUGUCAAGGCGGACACACUGCGUUGGUGAAUCUUUUCAUUGAUAAAUACUCUGCGCCGUAUGAUCAAAAACCGCACGAUGGGAAAACCGCGUUGAGGUUGGCAGCACUCGAAGGUCAUUAUGAUAUUGUACAAGUAUUACUCUCGCAAGGGGCGGAUAUUGAUAUGAAAGAUUCCGAUGGUAGGAGUACACUGUAUGUGCUUGCUUUGGAUAAUCGACUACCGAUGACCAAAUAUUUCAUUCAGCAAGGCGCGGAUGUUGAAACAAGAGAUUUAGAAGGACGGACGCCAUUACAUGUGAGUGCAUGGCAGGGACAUACGGAAAUGGUGCAGAUGUUGUUGACAGUUGGACGCGCACGCGUAGACGCCGUGGAUUUAGAGAAUAGAACAGCGCUGCAUUCGGCGAGUUGGCAAGGGCAUAGUGAUAUUGUUAAACUAUUGCUGGAGCAUGGCGCGAUGCCGGAUCACACUUGUAAUCAAGGUGCGACUGCGCUGGGGAUAGCUGCGCAGGAAGGUCAUGAGUUGUGUGUGGUUGCGUUGUUGGAACAUGGCGCAGAUCCGAAUCAUUCGGACGCUUGUGGGAGGAAUGCAUUGCGGGUUGCGGCGAAAUCUGGCCAUCGAGGUGUUGUUAGACUUCUGGAGGAGUAUAAUGCUAGGUCACACAAGGCGGCACACACUAGCAGUAGUGCUAAUUCUAUUACAUCAGGUUCUACUGCAGAAACAAAACCAUCCUGUGCGAUAUUCUUCCCCGGAGCUUCCGAAUGGUAUGACCAACAGCGUAGAUCCAUGGUCUCGCUGGGGAAUCACAGUUCCAACUCGAAAUCGAGUUCGAAUCUGACUGGUUCCAGCCAUUCGAGUCGACAUGGUGACCGGCCACGUGAUUCAAAUCCAGCUCCCAUGUCUUUCACGCAGCAGUUACAGCAGUGUAGUCGUGGUGGAAAAACACGACCGUUGAGUAAAUUGUUAUCACCGCUGCAGAGUGAACCGCAGAGUCCGAUUUAUGCGUCGCCGCCAUUGAGUCCAGUGCAUGAUACGCCUGCGCCGAAUAUUUUUGGUGCUAUGAAUAUUUAUCAACCUGUUCUGAGACAAAAUAACUUCGCGAAAGCCCCAGACACACAUUUCGCUCGUGAUACUCACAUGCGUAUCAUUUUGGGUAAUAAUAGCGCAACAUCCAAUGGCGCAGCGUCGAAAUCUGAGAAAAAUAAGAAUUCUGAUAGUAAUUCAAGUUCUAAACCUAAAAGAAAUGGUAUUGUAACGAACCCCGCGUUACGCUUAGUCGCAAACGUGAAAAACGGUCUGGAUACAGCCGCAGCCAACCUGCGCAAGUCCGCCAGCGGCGCGAAUCCCAGCACGAAAACAAACAGCUUCCACUGGCGGAAGGAAACGCCGCUAUAACAGCAGCGGACGACGGGACAUCGCCGCACCCGGAGCUACGUCGACACCACGACGGGCUUCAGCUACCUUUCGAUGUCCUGAACGCCCUGCCCUUGACACCUCCACCCUAACUAAAACACUACUUAUCUAAUGAUCUACACAGCGCGCGCGCCCGCAAUUUAACCAGAAACCAAAGCGUAUUCUUAAUUUUUAACUUUUCUGGAGCAAGCAGUUGUAGUUGAAGGGUUGUACUAAUGAAACUAUUAAAGGAUUGUACAUUGUUAGCAUUUAGGAGCACGCCGCAUACGCUGCACCGCUCUAAACAAGACAAAAAAUAAUGAAUAUUUUUGUGCGAAUUGAACGCAAAUGCGAUGAAACGAAGCCGCACUAGUCAAUAGCUGUUAAUUGAGUAAUUUAAACACACAAUUCACAAAGUACAGUACGUAAACGAACGUAAUAACAAAUGUAUACAUAUAUACAAGCAUUAAACAAAGUCAUAUUUUACUGAAGGAUGGAUACACAAACAAUAUCUAGAUUAAUUUAAUGUGUAAUAAGUAAUCUGCAAUAAGUAAGCAAGAACAAUAUGCACCUAGUCGACAAGUCUGUUUACAGACUGUUUAAUUCGUAGAAUUAAUUAUUUUCUAUUGUUUUUUUUUAUGUAUUUGAAGGGGCCUAACACACAUACAGAGAAAGAGCGAGGGAAAGAAUUGCAAAUGAAAUGAAAUCUUGUUUAAAAUUUAAAUUAUUGGUUUUGAUUAGUCUCGUAGUCUUGUGAAGAAUUAGGAUUGUGUAUUUUGUGAUAAUUGAUAAUUAUGUCUCUUGGUUGAAAACAAUUACAGCAGUACUAGUAUUCGAACAAUGUGUAAACUAUACAUACAAUAGCAAUUUAUUAUGUAAUCACUAUGUAACAUUUGAAAAAUGAUAACAUGAUAACCGAGAUGAAAUUGGAAUUUGUGGGGAGAGAGAAAGAGGAAGAAAUAUUUAAUUUUUAUACUGCUGCUGUAUUAAUAAUCGACGAUAACGUAAGAAACGGAGUGCAAAUUGAAUUCGAAGAGUUGAAAGAAGUAUCUGAGUGUAGACAAAAUAAUAUUUUAUGUGGACGUGAUGCAUUUAAAAUUUAGAGUUUUAGCGCAUGGAACCGAAUUCAGUUGUAACACACAAUAAAACCAGACAAAUAUUGCGUAGAACUGUCGAAUCUCUUGCAAAUAAUAUUGGAUUAUGUGCAGUAUUAAAUAAACACGUGUAAAAACAUUAAAAGAAGAGAAAUAAUGAAUGUAACCUCAAUUUUUAGCUUGUAAAA